UUUACUCCAAAGGUAUAUAAGUAUUCAGUAUGCUUAGUUGCUAAGCCAUGUCAUUGACACAAAUCACCCUUUAAGAUGGCCAUGCUAACGUAAAUCAUGUUCGAGUCUUGACAAUCGAGCGCUACAAAAUUUGCAAGUUGGAGUGUGUACAAGUGUGGUUUUGGCGCCAUUUUAGCUUACUGCUGUUGUGGAACAUCUUCCAAGAUGAAGGACAUACUUGCCGAAACCAAGCUAUUUCGUGUUGUUCUCUACCUCGGAGGGCUGUUUGCGUGUCUUCACUUUGUCUUAUGGAAAGCAUUCAUUGCGAGUAGAUCGGCUGAUCGAAUAUCUAUUAAGCUGCUUCUACUACCGUUUAUUUCAUUGUUAUCGUUGACCGUCACCUGGAAAGAAAUCAUCUUGUUUAUAAAUGAAAAGGCGAAGGGAUAUCCCGAUCUCAAGACUACUUUCAGACAAACUGAAAUUGUAGUUGAGGCAUAUCGAUCAGUCACAGAUUCAGUAGAAGGAUACUGGUGGUCUUCCCAAUUAUUGAUGUUCACUUUGGUAUUUAUUGUGUUCAUUAACACCAAAGCACGUCAGAUUAGUAUGCCAAUACCAGAACUCUGCGCAUAUAUUUGGAUUGGUUUUGGUGGGGCUAUUAGUACUUCCUUUUCACUGUUCUUGUACCGGUACAAUGUGGCUAUUUCCAUGGAAACCAAAAGGGUGGAACACCAUCAGAUGUCACGUUGGAGUAUUGCUGUACUUGCAGUUUGCCUUUGGUUAGGGUUUCUCUGUAUCCUGUUCUUAUAUUUUUCUGUUGACCCAGCUUUCAAGGUUUACUUGUUACUUACUCACCUCUUGCUGUUCCUUCCAUGUCUUUUGCCUUCUGUUCAUGUUAGAUGUUAUACAACAACAGCAGCAAAGGGACUUAUUCCAUUGAUAUAUGCCUUACUCUUUAUUGCACUUGCUUGUCAUCAUUUUUACUUCACCCAUCUUUCCAUUCCAGAUGCUCACCCAAAAACAUUUCACAAUCUUUUCAAUGCAGGAUUCUCUCAUAAUUGUCAAGCUAGCAUUUCCUCUGAUAGUGUGUUCUGCUUUAUUUUAUGCAUGUUGUAUUUGUUUCUAAAGUCAGAGAAAGGUUCUGCAGUGCUUGCUGUUGUGCCAUUAUUUUUUCUCUCUCCUUGUCUCUCUCUUGGUUCAGCAUUUGCUCUUAUGAUGUUGCAUGAGGAGUGUCUGUUAGAGAGAAACAUUGGAGUGAAAGAAGAGUAAUGUUCAUGUACAUUAUACUUCACAGAGGAGUCUGAGUGUGCUUGUAAGGAUAAUUUUUGUGGCUAGUGAUUUGGUACAAGGCUCAAGCCACUAUGCUAUUUCUUUGGAACUGUGCGUGAGAGUGAGGAUAGAUGGACAUGUAAUUCAGGCUGACUAUGCCGUGCUUUUUCUCCAAUAAGCCGUUUGCAUUAUGACGUAACUUUACUACAACUACCAGAGAGCCUGGCGCAUUUUCAUUGUUAUUCAGAUUUUUAAUCCCCUUGGAGAUUAUUAAAACAAUCGGCACUAAUUGCAUUACAAACGAAAGUUGGCAAAGCAUUCUGGUAGUUGUGGUAAAUGACGCCAUAAUGCAUAUCGCCUAUUCUUCUUAUUGUACAUACCUUUAAAUUCGGAACUAUCUGUGGUAGUUGUGCUUCUUGUAUAAUUACCUCACUGUUUGUACGUUUUAUUAAAUAUAUUUGUUACUUAGUGCGCUUUCCAUUUGUCAGAACUGGCUGGCCAGACCCACAGAAAAUGUCAUUAUAUAUCAUUCCCAUUAAGUUAGGAAA